CAAAAGGAACACAAAACAACCUCUCUCUUUCUCUCUCUAAAACCCUCACUGAGACUCUCUGUCUUUUCGCCUCCAUUUGAUUAAUGUGAAGAAAAGAAGCCAUUUCAUAGAAUUCGGUUUUUUUUUUUUUUUGGUUUUUCUUUUCUCGUUGCAGUUUGCGAUGGCUCUGUCUCAGUCCUCUUCUCUUCUGCUGUGUGUCUUCGUUCACAUUGCUCUGCUUUCAGCGAAUCUCUGCUUCGCCGCCGACCCCACCAUUUCCUACGAGUUCCAUUUCUCUUACAUCACCGUCUCUCCUCUUGGCGUUAAGCAACAGGUUAUAGCAGUUAAUGAUAAGUUUCCCGGACCUCGUAUUAACGCCACCACAAACUACAAUGUCAUUGUUAACGUGUUUAAUGAAUUGGAUGAGGAUCUCUUGAUUACUUGGUCUGGAAUUCAAAUGCGACGCGAUUCAUGGCAAGAUGGUGUUCUUGGGACCAACUGUCCUAUUCCUCCGAAAUGGAAUUGGACUUAUGACUUUCAAGUGAAGGACCAGAUUGGUAGUUUUUUUUACUUCCCGUCUCUCAAUUUCCAGAGAGCAGCAGGUGGCUUUGGUCCCUUUGUCGCCAAUAAUCGCCCUGUGAUUGCGAUUCCCUUUGCACAGCCUGAUGGGGAUAUCGAAAUCUUUAUCGGGGACUGGUAUACGCAGAACCACACGGCAUUACGGAAGGCCUUAGAUGCUGGAAAUGAUCUUGGGAUGCCCGACGGUGUUCUCAUCAAUGGAAAAGGGCCGUUUCGUUACAAUACUACGCUUGUGCCUGAGGGCAUCGAUUAUGAAACUAUUAAUGUUGAGCCGGGCAAAACUUAUCGACUUCGUGUCCACCACGUUGGAAUUUCUACAAGUUUGAAUUUCAGAAUUCAGAAUCACAAUCUAGUUUUGGCUGAAGCAGAGGGGCAUUACACAAUGCAACAAAAUUAUUCCAACUUCGAUAUUCAUGUUGGGCAGUCCUACUCUUUUCUGGUUACCAUGGAUCAGAAUGCCAGUUCUGAUUACUAUAUUGUGGCAAGUGCCAGGUUUGUGAAUGAAUCUCUUUGGCAAAGGGUCACUGGUGUUGCCGUCCUGCACUAUUCUAAUUCGCGAGGUCCAGUCAGUGGUCCUCUCCCCGAGGGUCCAAAUGACGUCUAUGACAAAACAUGGUCACUGAAUCAGGCGAUCAGUGUCAGGCAAAAUGGUUCUGCGAGUGGAGCUCGCCCUAAUCCACAGGGUUCAUUUCACUAUGGUUCGAUUAAUAUCACCGAUACAUAUGUGCUAAAGAGUGUGCCGCCAUUGACGAUCAAUGGGACUCUUCGGGCUGCACUGAAUGGGAUCUCUUUUGUCAAUCCUAAUACACCAAUAAGGCUUGCUGACAAGCAUAAUGUUAAAGGAGUUUAUAAGCUUGAUUUCCCAAGCAAGCCACUUAAUAGAUCACCUCGAAAAGACAUAUCCGUCAUCAAUGCUACAUACAAGGGAUUCAUUGAAGUCGUGUUUCAAAACAAUGACACAGUGAUGCAGAGUUUUCAUAUCGAUGGCUAUUCCUUUUUCGUUGUCGGGAUGGAUUAUGGGAAUUGGACGGAGGAGAGUAGAGGUAGAUAUAACAAGUGGGAUGCAAUUUCUCGCUGCACUACACAGGUCUUCCCUGGGGGAUGGACAGCGGUUCUCAUCUCUCUUGACAAUGUUGGAGUGUGGAAUAUUAGAGCAGAAAACCUUGACAGAUGGUAUCUAGGCCAAGAAACAUACAUGAAAAUUGUCAAUCCAGAAGAAAAUGGUGAGACGGAGUUUGCUGCUCCGGAUAAUGCUCUAUACUGUGGUGCACUUGCUAAUUUGCAGAAGGACCAGAAACACAGCUCUUCUGCAGCGUCAACUUUCAGGGAACACUCGAGGCUCUUCUUGACUCUACUGAUUGCGUUUUUGGCUUUUACUUUUAGCUGAUGUUUAUCUAUGAUUGAUGAGAAGUUUUCACAGCUCCGGCCAGGCAGAGGCAACUCUUCACCUGCGGACUGCAGUGUGUUGUGCUGUUGGGUUUUACAAUACAAGUCUAGUUUAGGAAGGCAAAAAAAUAUGGAAUUUUAGUGCAAUUUUUGUUGUUUUAAAUGACAUUUCUUUCAUUUUUAAUGUCCAGGGUUGCUUUAGCCAUUACUUGUAAUUUCGGGGUCCAUUCUUUGUGCACUUUUUUAACUUUUACAUACUCUUGCUGAUUGUUAACCCUCUCCCAAUGCAGUCGAUUCCUUCUCUUCCCUUCUUGCUUAUACAGCUUCUUUUAUGAACUCUUCUGCAUGUUAUGCAGCUGUAAAAACAAGAUAUAUAUUACUUUUAAU